CCGGCUCAUACAGGAUGUGUCGUCAUGAAAACGCGACUCAACUCGACCGGAUAUUUCAGUGUGUCGAAAAGAAAGUAGAAGAAGCGGAAUCACAAUGGACACCCGAGGACUCCGCUCUCAGCUGAAGGACAGUGUACCUGUGGCAGGCUUAUGUCCGCAGGGAGCGUACGGAGUGCGGGACUCCCUGAGGAGCGGCUUUUCUAGUGUAAAGAAUGAGCUCCUCCCAAGCCACCCACUGGAGCUGUCAGAGAAGAAUUUCCAGCUGAACAAGGACAAGAUGAAUUUCUCUACACUCAGAAACAUCCAGGGUCUUCAUGCUCCACUCAAACUGCAGAUGGAGUACAGGGCAGCUAGACAGAUCCAGCGCCUGCCGUUCUUACAGAGUUCAAACCUGGCUCUGGAUACGCUGCGUGGCAGUGACGAGGCCAUCGGCUUCGAGGACGUCCUCAGCGAUCCAGCCCAGUGUGAAAUGAUGGGCGAGCCACACAUGAUGGUGGAAUACAAACUGGGACUGUUGUGAAAGAAGACGGACGCACACAAUACACACCUACACACAUAGAUUUAGCUUUAUUGUUUGUCUGUAUACAUUUGUUUAUUGGCUCAGAGAUAAAAAUUCAGGUUCUGGAGGAUUGAGUUGAUAAUGUUUUGGGAAAGUAAGGGGCUCGAUGGGAAGUGUGGGGGGGUAACCUAAAGGACGUAGAUCUGGAGUGUUAAAACAGUUAUUCAGACAAAUAUCAGUUGCUGCUUUUGUAUGAUUCCAGUCUGGUUGGUAUUUCUAAUAAACAUCAUAACCUUCUUCAUGA